AUGGUGAACAUGCCAAAAGAACGUCGCACUUACUGCAAGGACAAGAAGUGCCAAAAGCACACGGUCCACAAAAUUACCCAGUACAAGGCCGGUAAGGCAUCCAAGUAUGCCCAGGGUGCGCGUCGUUAUAACGACAAGCAAAAGGGUUUUGGUGGACAGACUAAGCCUGUUUUCCACAAGAAGGCAAAGACUACCAAGAAAAUUACGCUGCGUAUGGAGUGCAAGGAGUGCAAGACCAAGAAGCAGCUGCCCAUGAAACGGACGAAACAUUUUGAACUUGGUGAAAAGAAGAAAUCGGCUGGUCACCAGUACUAA